AUGAGCCGUUGCAUCGGGUUCGUGCACACGAGCAUCAGUCAUACAGGAAUCAAUCAACCAGGCGAACAGCCGCCACCGCCGUUACAACAACAGCAACAACAACAACAACAACAACAACAACAACAACAACAACAAAACUAUCCGCAACACGCCACCGCGCUCACCACUUCGACUUCUACUACCACCACCACCACAGCAAUCACCACCGCCCCCGCCGCCGCCAAUGCGGUUUUCACCCCCACUCGCGCAUACUCCCAGCACAUCAAGUCCGACAGGCAGCUGCUCGCCGCGCUCAACACGUCCCCGCAGCAGUACGCUCGCGGCAUGGCAUCCGUGCUUGAUUCCAUUAUCAAGAUUUACACCGUUCAUAGCCGUCCAAAUUACACCCUGCCAUGGCAGAACCACCCAAAACGGGAGUCCACCGGGACAGGUUUCGUGGUCCACGACCGACUCAUACUGACCAAUGCACAUGUGGUGGCGGAUGCCACGUAUGUAUUGGUGAAAAGGCACGGCUCCGGAACCAAGUACAGAGCAGACGUUCAGGCGGUGGGUCACGACUGCGACCUCGCCCUCCUCUCCGUGGACGAUGACAGCUUCUGGUCCACCCCCACCUCCAUGUUGCCUCUGGAGCUGGGUUCGGUUCCGGAGCUGCAGCAGGGCGUGGUGGUGGUGGGCUACCCCACCGGCGGCGACAACACGUCGGUCACCAGCGGUGUGGUCAGUCGAGUGGAGGUGGCGCAGUACGCGCAUGCAGCCAGCCACCUAAUGGCCUGCCAGAUCGACGCGGCCAUUAACCCCGGCGGCCCGGCAUUGCAGGGAGAUCAAGUGGUGGGUGUGGCCUUCCAGAACCUUCCCGGGGCGGAGAACAUCGGCUACAUCAUACCCACACCGGUGGUGUGUCACUUCCUGGCCGAGGUCCGCAAGUACGGCUCGUACCAGGGCUACUGCAGUCUGGGUGUGCUGUGCCAGAACCUGGAGAACCCGCACCUCCGAGCGGCCCUGGGCAUGCGGGAGGGCAUGACGGGGGUGCUGGUCAACACCAUUCAGAAGACGUCUAAUGCGGCCAAGGUCCUCAAGCCCGGUGAUGUACUGCUGGAGUUUGACGGAGUCACGAUCGCUAACGACGGCACGGUUCACCUCCGGCAGCGUGAGCGCAUCUACUUCUCCUACCUAAUCACACUCAAGCCCACGGGGGCGACUGCCAAGAUUAAGGUAUUGCGAGACGGGGAGGUCCUGUCGUACGACCUGACAGUUACGCCCAACGACCUGCUGGUGCCUGUGCACUGCUACGACCGCCUGCCGUCGUACUUCAUGUACGCCGGGCUAGUGUUUGUGCCUCUCACUCAGCCGUACCUCCACGAGUACGGCGAAGACUGGAUGAAUACGGCACCGCGGCGGUUGUACGACAAGGCCUUGCACGGCAUGAUGCAGAAGCCACAUCAACAGAUUGUCAUACUCAGCCAAGUACUGGUCGAUGACGUGAACACCGGCUACCAGCAAUUCCAGUCGCUUCAGGUUCUGCGGGUAAACGGCACGGAGGUACUCAACCUGACCCACUUGAAGGAGCUGGUGGAGGGGGCCGCGGAAAGGUUUGUGCGGUUCGAGCUGGAGGACGAACGGAUUAUGGUGGUGGACAGGUCAUUGGCGCUGAAUGCCAACAAUCGCAUCAUGGAGCGAUACCGGGUGCCGUCAAGCGUGUCUGUCGACAUCGUGUAGAGGGGUUCUGACCUGGCUUACGAGUCCUAGGUUCAAAUCCCCGAGGGAGCGUUCGUUUAUUUAUUAGCGGGGUGAAACGUGGAGGGACAGAGACGGAAAGAGUAUAUAUGUAUAAUAUGGGGGGAGCAUUUCUACCGCUUCAGGGGCAUUUGGGGGUUUGGUCUAGUGUCCGGAGUGAAGACGUAGACGUGGAGACAUUACCCGCUCCGUUAAGAAGGAGCCUGUCGUUGUGAAAGGGGAGUUGUAAGGGAAAGACUGGC